AUGAUGGAUCGUUGGAAUAAUCACAGCAACUUCUUCAAUGACUCUGGCCAGAUACGAACAGCCGCCUCUCAUAACAAACGUCAAUACUUGGAAAACUACAACGCCAGCGAUUUAUCUUCCCGGGCAAAUGGCACCCAACACGCAGACAUCAACCUAAAUCUCAACCCACAACACCCCGGAUAUGAUACGACGUAUAGAAUCACAGACACGCAAGUGUCCGUCCUCGCCGCCGGUUGUGUAUGGCACUACCUCGAGCCCGUCAACGAUCCCGCCGCCAGAGCAAUCCUUGUCUUCCGAGGGACUGCAACCCAUCCAGCCGAGUACCGUGAUCGAAAGGGGCGUCUCAAUGUUGAACCAGUCGGCGCCUGGGCUGGUGGAAACUUUAACUUCAAAAGCGUCGCAUCCUUCAGCUACAGGGUGAUCAAAUACAGAGUGUUUACUUGGAUGAAUGAACAGGCUGCCGAGGACAGGGAUAUCACUGCGGCAGGAUACAGUCUUGGAGGAUGUUUAGCUAUGCGCGUACUCCAACUCUACACCAAAGAGAAACGACCUCGGUGGGAGAAGUCCGAGUUAUACGCCUUCACUGCUCCUGAUCUAACCACAACAGCUUCAGCAGAAUUCACAAACCUAUUCCAGGGCCGUUACACCCAGCUGCAUACAUAUUGGCACGUCGACGACCUGGUACCCGUCACUGGACAUUACCCUACAACAACACCAAGAGCAUACAGUAGUAUUAUUUUAGACGGUGUUGUUUUUCUUAGAAUUGGCGCCUUGCACACGCAUCUGCUUCUUUUCAUAUCCGUCCAACAGGGUUGGGAUGUGGCUCUCGCGUAUCCCGUAGCAGAAACUCCUCUUAAACCAAACGCUCUAAACAUGAAACGCAAAAUCAUUGGUUUUAUGAGACGGUUUCCGUAG